AUGCGGCCGAUCGCGACUCACGAUGGAUCAGCGAACGGGGACGCAUUCAAGAGUGACAAGAGUGAACGGUUUGACGCACGAGCGCGGUCAAUGAUUGUUCACGCGUACGGUGAUGGGCGACGAGGGGGUCCGAACACGCACUACGGUGAAUGUGACUUGGAGUCGACGUUACCUACUACAGUAGCGGACUGGAGCGUUGACGCACAUGUGAAGGUCGAAACGGCCGAUUACGAACGAAGAAACACAACGCGAAACAGAACGCUCGUAUUCCAAACGGCGGGUAUACGGGAAAGUGGUCGACGGACGGAUUUGGACACUCGAUCAACAACAAAAGAUGGCGCGGUUACAAAAACAACAUCGGCCGGCCAAGCACGAAAGUGGGUAGAGAACAGAAUGACGGUGGUAGCCGCGGCCACAAGCGAUCACGGGAUCGGGUUGUGA